GAAUACGUAGGUUAUACGUAGUAAAGUCACGUAGUUAUAUUAUUUACACGCUCUCAUAGAAUACCAGCGAAAAAUGGCACCUUAAUGCUGCUGCGUUUCGUAUGGUGAAUGUACGGAAACGGAGACCCUUUUUACUGGAAACAGGACAUUCCAGGAAAGCUAUGCUGCAGCUAUAAUACUGUUGUAGUUGUAGUUGUAGCACGAAUGGGUCGGCUCUACCGGGGAAGGACCACACUCUCACAGAAUACCAGCGUAAAAUGGCAGCUUGACACUGCUGUGUUUCGUAUGGUGAGUGUAGAGCACCGGAGAUCCCUUUUUACUGGAGACGAGGCAUUCCAUCUUAGUCCUCACGGGUGACAACGCAUCUGCAUUUUGAUUCAUAAUUUAAGAUAGAUGUAGAUGUCUACUCGUAUGGGGCACAGCACCCACAUACCAUCAGGUGAACUGUGUGCUCGUUUGUCACCCUUAUUCUAUAAAAAAAGUGCUGAAAAGUGAAAAGACCGACAAAGAUGCAAUGCCUGAGUCUAAAUUAAUGAGGGCGAUGACUUUUUCUGUCACCAGGGCGGCGCCACUUUGUAUUGAUGUGGAAUAUUUGACAGAUUUCAUAGCGAGGAAGUUAAUUUGAUAGGAAAAUGUAAAGGUUAAUGUUUCUUUCUGUAAUAUUAAUUAUAUUUUAUAUUAAUUAGGUUAUAAAUGAAUAAACCAAACUACUGGUAUUCCUAAAAGUUGAAAUAUUAAAAAAAGUUUAAAAUGUGCAAAAACUUAGAGAGCAAACCACAAAGGUAUUUAUGUUAAAAGUUAAAGUUACAGCCUAUAUACGUCCCACUGCUGGGCACACAACUCCUCUCACAUCUGAGAGGGUUUUAGGGCAAGGAAAUGUCUGACGCGCUGCCCCAAUGCUUGUUGGUGAACUUCACAUUUCUUCGAAAUAUUUUUUUCUUAUUUCUCAGACAUGCAGGUUUCCUCACGAUGUUUUCCUUCACCGCCGAGCACGUAGUAAAUCAGCACUUAGAAUUGCAACUAAAAAUUUCAUUGGUGCCGGCGGGGAUCGAACCGGGGUUUACUCGGGUACUGUGAAACUUACAGCGAGCGGUAACCAUCUGAGCUAUCACGGCUCUUAUUAUAGUAGAUAUUAGUGUAUUAAUCUAAUUUUCUAGAAACUGAUAAACUUUAAUUUAAAGCUAAAUUCUUAAUUAAAUGACGUUGUGUAACAAAAAAACUUUACCACAGUCCCCACUAGCGACAUCUGGUGAUCAGAAGAUUAUUAACCCUCAUUGACGGAAGAUCUUUCUCUGUUUUAACCAUUGAACAUCCUUAUUUUUAAGUGAUUAAAAUAAUAUCUCAACUGCACUAUGACGUAACUAAUAACCAUAUUGUCGAUUGUUUCAGGGCUGCUAUCAUGGGACUCUGGCGAGCACCAGGUCGACUUGGAGAAAGAACUGGCCACCCUCACGGCGCAGGCACCCGAGGGGGAGGAAGCCAGAUAUGGAGAACGACUGAUACAAUACGCAUCGGAGAACCUGGUGACGGAGAUCCUGAUCCACCCCCAGAUGAACACGCUGAUGCAGUGCAUGCGCAACUUGCUCAGCUCCUUCACACGACACAGGCACCUCGUGCACGCCGGCUACACGUUCGCCGGGAACGGCUCCUGGAUUAUGCAGGACGGGACAUUCUCCCUAGCCGACUUUACUGACGCCUACCAAGAGAAUGAGGUACAGCGCGUGAUCCGCGCCUACGAGAACUCCAUCUCCAUUGAUAUACACUGCUCGACCGGCGGCGGUGGCGAGUGGACCAAACUCCCAGAAAUGCCAUUCGUCAAACACUGCAAGAUUAGGGUCAACCCUACAGACAUACUCGACUCCGGCUCCCAAGCCAUCAAGGACUUUAUCACUUAUCUCGAACCCUACAUCGUGCCAGCGAGCCUCGAACAGCUCCUGGUAGCGAGUGACGUAGUGGGCAACAUCAGAUUCAGCCACCCCACGCUGUACGUAUUCCCAGGGGGGCAAGGCGACGCAGCCCUAUUCGGCAUCAAUGGAUUCAACAUGCUAGUGGAUGGUGGUUUCUCUCGCAAAGCUUGCUGGUGGGAUUUCGCAAGGCAUCUGGACCGACUCGAUGCAGUACUAUUCACUCGACUCAACAAUUGUUCAGUAUCAGGCAUGGCAUCUGUCUUACGGAGGAAGGCGACGGCCAAUGUCUACCCACAGAUUGGACACUUCUUCUGUAAUUUAGAAGAACGGCGCGCUUUAGCCAGCCCCGAUGGUGACAAGGACAUUGAUCCUCUGCUGGUGUCGCUCCUGCAAGGAGGCUCUGAUAUGAUGGCGGAUUUGAGACAUAUUAACCUAAAACCGCAGCACUGUUAUCGCAGUCCAGAUCCUAUAAAUCUUUACCACAAAGUUGGUCACGGUACCCUUGAUAUGUACGUACUGAAUCCGUCCAAGGACUCUAAACAUGUUCGCGAAUUCCUGAAGCGAUGGCAUAGUAGUGAACAAAAAUUAUUUGAAGGUGCGAGUGUGUCUGGACAAUUCAAUUUUCCUAUACCUAAUUUAGUUUCAAUAUGUGCUUUACUUAUAUGGCGGCCGGCUAAUCCUGACGAUACGAUAACAAGAAUCAUGUUCCCCGGAUCAACUCCGCAACAUAAAAUAUUUGAAGGUCUCGAGAAAUUGAAAAACUUAGAAUUUCUUCAGCAUCCAACAUGUACUGGGCGGCAAAUGUCAGCCAUAAUACCUCCUUUAACUACGACACCAACUGCUACAUCUAUUAUAAAAUCAAAGCAAGCAAUUAGUAAAGUAAGUAAAGAAAGGAGCAGUACUGCAGAGAAAACAAGGGAGGAAAAAUUGUCAGAAGGUGAAGAGUCAAAAAUAAAAACUAGGGAUGUUAGUGAUUCCAAAAAUAUGAUAGACAACAAAUUACUUAGUGAGUUAGUGGAUAGUGAAGAUAGGAAAAUUGAAUCAGUUUUGCAAGAAGCUAUCACGGCCAGAGUUGACACAAAAUUAGAUGAUAAAUUCGCCCAAUACGAAAGCACUGUAAUUGAUGGGUUACCGAAGAAGAAGGAUACU